AUGCCUGCCCCCGAGCUGCAGCAGAAGGUAUUAAAGCCAAAUAAGCUUAUUACUGAUGAUUUUCAAAGCGAUGACAACAGUCUUGUGAUGAUGCAUCCCAAACGGAUGGAGGAGUUGAACAUAUUCCGUGGAGACACAGUGAUGAUCAAAGGCAAAAAACACCGCUCCACUAUCUGCAUCGCCAUGGAAGACGAGGAGUGCCUUGAGGCGAGGAUCAAAAUCAACAAAGUAACACGUCGUAAUAUUCGCUGCCACCUUGGAGAUACUGUUCAUGUCAGCAGCUGCACCAAUGUGCCGUAUGGUAACCGUGUUCACAUUCUCCCCAUUGAUGACACUGUGAAAAAUCUGACGGGUGACCUUUUUGAAACCUUUUUGAAGCCGUACUUUUUGGAGGCUUACCGGCCUGUAAAGAAGGGCGAUUUAUUUGUUUGCCGUGGUGCGAUGCGUUCGGUGGAAUUCAAAGUGGUGGAAGUAGAUCCUGGCGAGUUCUGUAUUGUCUCCCCAGACACGGUGAUUCACUGCGAAGGUGAUCCGAUCCGCCGUGAGGAUGAGGAACGCCUUGAUGACGUGGGAUACGAUGAUGUUGGUGGUUGCCGCAGGCAGUUGGUGCAGAUUCGUGAGAUGGUGGAACUGCCCAUUCGUCACCCGGAGUUGUUCAAGAAUAUUGGUAUUAAACCUCCACGAGGUAUCCUGCUCUAUGGCCCACCUGGCAGCGGCAAGACACUUAUCGCCCGUGCUGUUGCGAAUGAAACCGGCGCAUUUUUUUUCCUCAUCAAUGGACCAGAGAUUAUGAGUAAGAUGGCAGGUGAGUCCGAGGGAAACCUUCGUAAGGCGUUUGAGGAGGCAGAGAAGAACGCGCCAUCCAUUGUCUUUAUUGACGAGAUUGAUUCCAUCGCCCCAAAGCGUGAAAAAGCUCAGGGUGAAGUGGAGAAGCGCAUCGUGUCUCAACUCCUGACCCUUAUGGAUGGAUUAAAGAGUCGAUCGCAAGUUAUUGUUAUGGCGGCCACGAACCGACCAAACUCUAUUGACCCUGCACUCCGUCGCUUUGGUCGUUUUGAUCGUGAAAUUGAUAUUGGUGUGCCAGAUGAAAUUGGACGUCUGGAAAUUCUUCGCAUUCACACUAAAAAUAUGAAGCUUGACGCCGAAGUUGAUGUGGAGAAGAUAGCAAAGGAUAGUCACGGCUAUGUCGGUGCUGAUCUUGCACAGCUCUGUACUGAAGCUGCCAUGCAAUGUGUCCGAGAGAAGAUGUCUGUCAUUGACUGGGAUGACGAUACCAUUGAUGCUGAAGUGCUAGACUCCAUGGCUGUUACAAACGAGCACUUCCGUGAUGCCUUGACAAAGACGAAUCCCUCUGCUCUUCGUGAGACACAUGUGGAAACACCGCAUGUUACAUGGAGCGAUGUAGGUGGUCUUUUGGAUGUCAAGCGGGAAUUACAGGAACUGGUGCAGUACCCGGUGGAAUUUCCGUGGAAGUUUGAGAAGUACGGUAUGUCCCCACCGAAGGGAGUUCUCUUUUAUGGUCCUCCAGGCUGUGGUAAGACACUCUUGGCUAAGGCGAUUGCGACAGAGUGUCAGGCAAACUUUAUCUCUAUUAAAGGUCCAGAAUUGCUAACAAUGUGGUUUGGCGAAUCCGAGGCAAAUGUGCGUGAUGUUUUUGACAAGGCACGCGCUGCUGCUCCUUGUGUCCUCUUCUUUGAUGAAUUGGAUUCCGUGGCGAGGGCGCGUGGUGGAGGCCACGGUGAUGGGGGGGCCAGUGAUCGUGUGAUUAACCAAAUUCUCACGGAAAUGGAUGGUAUGAAUGCAAAGAAAAAUGUCUUCAUCAUUGGAGCGACAAACCGCCCUGAUGUAUUGGACACUGCCAUUAUGCGUCCGGGUCGACUGGAUCAACUUAUUUAUAUCCCGUUGCCAGAUAAGGCGUCACGUGUGGCGAUUAUCAGAGCCAACUUUCGAAAGUCCCCUCUUUCCGAGGACGUGGAUGUUGACAAGAUUGCGGCUGCUACUCACGGCUUCUCUGGUGCCGAUCUUGCUGGUAUUUGUCAACGGGCGUGCAAGAUGGCAAUUCGUGAAUCGAUUGUAAAGGAGAUUCAGAUAGAGAAGCUGAAACAAGAGGGUGCCCUCGACAUUGACCAAGACAUCGAUCCCGUCCCUGAGAUUACACGCCUCCAUGUAGAGGAGGCUAUGCGUGGGGCACGGCGCUCCGUCAGCGAUGCCGACAUUCGGAAGUAUGAAUUGUUUGCCACUUCACUUCAUCAGUCGCGAGCGUUUGGCGACAACCCCAUUGCUGGCGUCGACGGUGGCAGUGGCGGUGCAGGCAAUACUGGCGAUGAUGACCUCUACAGCUGA